UUACUAUUGCCUGUAAUCUCUCCUAAGGCAUUGCCUUCGGCACUGCACUGCUUCGCCACGAGUUGGCCACAGACGAAAACAUGUACAGUACAGGCGAAGAAAUGUUGGACGAAGAAUGAAAAUAUGUACAGACAAAAAAAUGCACGGACCAAAAAACGAAAAUAAAGAAAAUGCACGAACGAAAAUAUUUUCGAACGAAACAUUUCUGAAGACUUUUCAGAAAAGUCGCUAUCAUUCGUCGACAGAUCUGGCGCAUCUCGUGAGGCGCUUUACCGAAAAAGAAAAUUACCGAAUUCUCUUCUAUUAAAAAUUAAAAAUACAGAACCGUAAUUCCAAAAUUAUUUGUGUAUAUCUAUCACUUUUUCAUAAAAAUAGUACCCCCCCCACCCAAAACCCCGGUUUCCCACAGUUCCCCUAGUGUGUUGGGUUUUAUGAAGAUACUACAUUUCUGCGUAAUGGUAUUUAACAACAAUUGACAUGUUGACAACAGACCGUCGUGCGGCUCCACCGAGAUCGUGGUGGUGUAGGUAUACAUUAUGGAUAACUCUGAAGAAGGGUUCAGCAAGAGCAUGGCUACAAAAGAGGAGGAUGAACAGCUGAACAAGCAGCAGUACGAGGCAGCAGCGGACGAGUGGGACGCUCUGCCGGACGUACACUGUGCGCCAGCCGGCCAGCAGCCGUCCCCAGGUGACCAGCAGCAUCUUCCGGCCGCCACCGCCUGCCUCGAGUUCGCCGACGUCUGGGAGUACUUCAGGGAGAAGGACCUCUCUCCCCACAUGGCCAACAUCCAGCCAACUAUGGAGAGGAAGCCCGGCUGCAGGCUUCUGUUCUGCAGAUUGCUGGGUCCGCCCGCCCUGGACAAACGUUUAGUACCCGAGAGAGACAGGAUAUUCGCCAUAGCACACAGUCCUCUGGAGAACGAGGAGGCGCGUCAGGUGCAGAUGCUGACCACCAUCUACAAGAAGCUGACGUCGACCCGGCUGGACUGCGGUCGCUACGGCCACCACUGGGAGAGCAUCGGCUUCCAGGGCAGUGACCCGGCCACGGACCUGCGCGGCGCCGGCCUGCUCAGUCUGGUGAACGCCGUGUUUCUGGUGACGGCUCCGCAGUACGGCCGGCUGUCGGCCGACCUGUACCGGCUCUCGCACGACCCGCGCCAAAACUUUCCGCUGAUGGUGCUGGCUAUCAAUGUGACGCGGCUGGCGCUGAACGCGCUGCGACACGGCGUGCUCAACAGGGAGUGUAACAUGCGACUGGCUGUGAUGGAUGUUCUGAACGAGUACUACGUCUGCCUGAUGUGCGAAUUCCACCGAAUAUGGAAGACCCAGGGACGGACGAUAGCAGACAGCGGCAACGUGCUCAAAGUGCUGGAGCACCACUCGCUGAAGCGAUACAAGGCGCUGCGGACCGGACUCUGCUCGUACCUGUCUCAGUCGAAACCGCUGCAGGGGUCGGCCGCCGGAGGGGACCGAAACGCCUGAACACUGCUAGCGUCGCCAGAGUGGCAAGGCUGCUUCUGGUCUUAUCGAGACCGCCACAGGAAACCUGAGCGAGUCAGUGGAGUCUUGGACCCAUGGAGAUCGCUGCUGGACGCAGGAAUCUGUCUACCAUGGGACUCAAAGCGACAUCCUGAGGUCACCACAGCACGCCUGAGAUCACCAACGAACCCCUGAGUUGGUGACAGGACACCUGAAACUGCCAUUAGACUCCCGAGAUGAGUACAUGGCUACCCCGUAGCCGAUGCGUCCCUCAACCCCAAACAAGCACUCUGGAGGUUACCACCAUUCUGCCGUGAAGAUGCUUGAGUGUGGACAUAGAAAACUGUGAUCACUGACGGCUGAGGUCAUCAGGUCGCCGAGCUCCGAGUGUUGAUGACUGGUAGGACCUCUCGUAUGUGAUGGAACUCAGCUGUAGAUGUGAUACGGCACAGCGCGUUACCCCGCCAGCACACAGAAGCGCACAAAUAAAUGUGUAACGGUAGCGGCCGUACCGCCGGACGUUUUGGUAGCCGCUGCCGCUGUGCCCCAUUUAGAACUCGCGAGUACUGUAAUGCGCCCUCUUAUACGCGACUUGUGGGACCCCUACAUUCCCCAUGAAUACUCAGCUUCGAUUAUUCAGUCCCCUGCGUUGCCAUAGUCUGUCUGUCGCCUCUGGCGUUAUGAUUGCUGCUUCUCCAGCCCAGAGGCGCCACUGUCGCGUUUGGUGGCAGUGAAACCGACUUCUACCACUGGUUGAAUGAACGUUGGGCGCCGGGUGAUAGCUUUUCGAAAUGGCUUCUUUGUGUUGGCAAGGAAAUGGGUAUUUGUUUAUGAGCAGUGUCUUUAUUUCGCCUACCUAUUGGAUCCUUAAGAGGAUGUUUCUGUGAGCAUUGGUUGUGCAAUGUGGUCUAUUGUCUUACUUGGAGUAGGGCGCAUAGCCUUUCGGGCUCAAGCGUCCGUUCUAGUGCGAGGCUUGUCCCUGGCGCGUCACUUUCGGCUGCAGAUGGCGUUCUUGCAGCGCUGUGCAAUAUGGUUGUUUGGUGUGAACUGUGAGGAUCACGCCUCUCUGAGUUGCCUAUCGCGCACUGUGUACCAGACCUGACGUGUUUAGUGUGUCGCUCGCGGUGUCCGUCUGCCUGCACUCGCCCGAGGUCCGCGGGACGUAUCUGUGAUCCGACUAGUCAGUGCGCGGAGUGUCCGGCGUAGCAUGUGUCCGCUGAGACCCAGUCUGUGUCGCCACGAUGUUGUGCUGCACAGUCCGUUUGAAACUGUGAUUUAUGUGUUUUAGGAAUGCUUGUGAUAUUCGAUAUUCCGCUGUCCACGUUCAUAUUUUACUUUUAUUUUAUCCUUCAUUUUGUUAGAGGACAUGAAGCUGAUGCACUCAUUCAAUGGGAUUUUGUUUCAUAGCGGUGCCAUAUUUCGUAGUGAAGCGAAUCACAGGCAAUUGAGACGAGAUCUGCGAGCCAUCGGAAUGUUUCAGGACGCCUAAUCAUCAGUUCUGCCUAUAUGAAAUGCAUUCGUAACAACG